UGUUUACCUAUUAUAUCAGUAAAAAGACCUUAAAACUCUACACUAAUGGCUACGAAUAUUGCAAUGACACAGGUGGAUUAUACAACUGAUAAUUACGUCGAAAGGUCACGAUUUACAGUUGAGCUAACUAUGAAGCAAACCCUGAGGGAAUCACCUUGGUAUUAAAGUUUGUAUCAUUCAGUGUUUACAGUACUCAGUGUAUACCACAUUCUGUGCUUCUACAAAUAAUAGAAAAAGAUAUAUAAAGAUAUAUAUUCAUUGAAAAAUGUGGGUGUGAAAUUCAACCUCCAUCAGCUAAGAAAUCCUCCUGGAUUCUUCAGUCAAUCCUUCUGCAAGGAUCAUAAUGUUGACAGCGACAGCUGUUUGGAAAUUAUCGAUAAUUCUCGCUCUACUCCAAGUGACUUCUCCCGAAGUUUUAAAAUGCAACUUUCCAAGAAAUUUCACCUCAGACGCGUAUUCGAGUUCAACAACAGAUGUUUAUGAUGCUGAUCUGGAAAUUAAACUGGAUUAUGAUCAUCUCGAGUUCUAUGGAUAUAGAGAUAAAAAAUUCAUCUCAAUCCGGGGAAAGGACGUCACUGUCGACAUGAAUGGCUUCUCCGACGGUGAAUAUUGGCCUGAACUAGUUAGAGUGGUAUUCAACGAAGAAUUGACUGGACAUGCAGAGCGAGAACCUAUGGAUAAUGCUACCUACUCGAUAUCCAACUGCCGAUUGGUUUUAUUACCUACUAACGACGAAUUGUUGCCCUCUUCCAUGGUCGCAAGGAACAGAAUUCGAAAAUUUGCUGAGACAUGUUUGGAGCACUAUAUGUGUCAGGAGCUCCAGCAAAUUAAUCGCCAAGAUUUUAUUGAAAUAUCAAGCACGAGACCAUUCUGUUUUUCACCCGGAGAGCCCGAUUCGUUGACAAAAUUGAUCGCGGGGGCGCAGUAUAAGACUGAGCUGGAAUUCGGAGAGUUUGAAGACCUCUGGAAUAAAAUGAUGGAUAUAGGUCUAAACGAAGGAUUGAAAACAGCAAGUGAUGAACACGGCGUAUUGAAAUUACCGAAUAUUACUCAAGAAUUUUCAACUGGAGUAGGAUUCUUCGCUUCGACCUUCAAAAUCGAUUUUUUUCAAGGAAAACUUCGUGGUCUGAUGGACCUUCGCAGACAGGGAAAUUGGAAAAUCAUAAAAACUGGGCAGAAAUUCACGCUUUCCGUCAGCAUUGAACUGCCAGCCCUAGAAAUGGAGUACCCAAAAUAUCUAGCUCAUGCUUUUUUCACUGUUGAAGGCCAACUCAAUAAUGCAAAUGGCAUGGUAACUUUACUUUGGACCGGUAUUCAAAUUCUACGAGGAAUAUUUCUAAUGUCCAACUUGAAGUGGACCUAGAUUACGAUCAUCUGAAGUUAUAUGGACAUGAA